CAGACCCUCUCCAAUACUCUAUGCCUCAGCUUCUCCCUUUGUGAAAUGGUGCGGUGGGGUUGGGCUCUUCAGGCAGGUGCAAAGUGCAGGUCCUCCAGGGUAAUGGUUAACCAGGGACACAGACACCCCAUCUAUAAGAAGUCUCCAGCUUGGAGUGGUGGGAAUUUCCUUGCACCAUGCCGUGGUGGAAAGUGAUCCUGUGGUUGGUGGGGCUCGCUGCCCUCUUUAGUUUGGGCAUCAUCGUGGGACACUUCGCCGUUCCCAAGGAGGCUGACCAGCCUGACUCAACUGGCCCGAUCAGUCCCUCCCAGGACCUGGAUCAGGAACUGCUGGAGGCUGUCAUGGGUCAACUGGAUGCCAGCAGGAUCCAGGAGAACCUCAGGGAGCUGUCCUUGAAGCCCCACAUGGCCACCACCUUAAGGGAUGAAAAUCUCGUCCAGCUCCUUCUGCAGAGGUGGCAGAACCCUGAGUCGGGGCUGGACGCUGCCGGGGAAGGGGUAUACGAGGUGCUAUUGUCCUUCCCCAGUCGAGAGCAACCCAAUACAGUCCGAGUGGUGAGCUCCAACGGAACCACUCUCUUCACUUCCCAGCACAGCGAGACAAACCUCACUGGGGAGCAAGGAGACCCGGAGGUGGUGCAACCCUAUGCUGCCUAUGCCCCAGCAGGGACCCCUCAGGGUCUUUUGGUCUACGCCAACAGAGGCUCGGAGAGUGAUUAUGCCUACCUGAAGGACCAGGGCAUCAACCUGACUGGCACCAUCGCCCUGACCCGCUAUGGUGGGGUGGGGCGAGGAGCCAAGGCUGUGAAUGGAGCCAAACAUGGAGUGGCUGGGCUUCUGGUCUACACUGACCCCGGGGACAUCAAUGACAACCUGAGAUUCCCUAACGAGACUUUUCCCCACUCCUGGGCACUGCCUCCUUCAGGGGUGGAACGUGGUUCUUAUUAUGAGCAUUUUGGGGACCCCAAAACACCCUACUUUCCUGCUACCCCUUCUGCUUUCCGCCUGGAGAAUGCUGACAUUCAGGGCUUCCCCCCAAUUCCCACCCAGCCUAUUAGCUUCGAGGAUGCCCAGAAGCUGCUCUGUAACCUCAAAGGGUCUGUAGCUCCCGAUUCCUGGCAGGGGGCCCUGGGAUGUGACUACAGGCUGGGACCAGGUUUCCUGGACAACGGGCAUUUUUCCCAGGACAGUGAGGUGAAUGUCACUGUUCACAACCGGCUGGAACUCAGGAAUUCCUCCAACGUCCUGGGCAUCAUCCGGGGGGCCGUGGAGCCUGACCGUUAUGUUCUGUACGGGAACCAUCGGGACAGCUGGGUCCACGGGGCUGUUGACCCCAGCAGUGGCACCGCUGUGCUCUUGGAGAUUUCCAGGGUGCUGGGGACCCUAGUGAAAGCUGGAAAGUGGCGACCCCGCCGGUCAAUUGUGUUUGCAAGCUGGGGGGCCGAAGAGUUUGGCCUCAUUGGGUCCACUGAGUUCACAGAAGAGUUCUUCAGCAAGCUGCAGGAGCGGGGAGUGGCUUAUAUCAAUGUGGACAUCGCUGUAUUUGCCAAUGCUACCCUGAGGGCACAGGGGACCCCCCCUGCCCAGAGUGUUAUCUUCACUGCAGCAAAACAGGUCCCAGCACCAGGGAAGAGCGGUCUGACAGUUUAUGACAAUUGGCUCCAAUAUUACAACCGAAGCAGCCCUGCUCAUGGCGUCAUACCCAGCCUGGGCACACUGGGCUCCGGGAGCGACUACGCCGCCUUUGUCCACUUCCUGGGAAUCACCUCCAUGGACAUUGCCUACACCUACGACCGGAGCAAAACUUCAGCCCGGAUCUACCCCACCUACCACACUGCCUUCGACACCUUCCAGUAUGUGGAGAGCUUUCUCGACCCUGGCUUCACCAGCCACCGCGCCGUGGCCCAGACAGUUGUCAACGUCCUGCUGCGCCUCAGUGACAGCCUCCUGCUGCCUCUCAACAUCGGUGACUACAGUGAGACUCUCCGGAGCUUCCUCCAGGCCGCCCAGGAUAAGCUGGGGCCCCUGCUGGGCCAGCAGAGCAUCGAUCUGGGGCCUCUGGUGUCGGCCGUGGAGAGGUUUGAACGGGCAGCGGCUGCCCUGGAUCAGCGCAUUGAAACCCUCAGGAAGAACCUGUCUGACCCCCUAAAGGUACGGAUGGUGAAUGACCAGCUCAUGCUCUUGGAACGAGCCUUCCUGAACACUCGGGCCUUCCCUGAAAAAUACUACUACAGUCACGUUCUCUGGGCCCCUCGAACAUCCAAUGUGGUGACAUUCCCCGGCCUGGCCAAUGCCUAUGACGAGGCCGUGAAGACGCCAAAUGACCCCAGCGCCUGGGCCAAGGUCAAGAAGCAGCUCAGCAUUGCCGCAAUGGCCGUGGAGGGGGCAGCAGCCACCCUGGAGCCUGUGGACGACCUCUGACCCAGCUGACCCCCAGAUCCCCUAACGCCAUGUCUGUGACCGCUCCCCCCGAGAUCUCCUCACCCCGUGUCGUGUCUGUGACCCUUUCCUUCUGCUGUGAUCUUUUCUCUGGCAAGCCUAACUGAGCAAAAGGGUUUGGAAACCUUAAAGACUGAAGGAACGUCCUUGUUCCCCUCUUUUUCUUUAUCUUCAGACCCCUGAGGGGCUGGGGCCCAGAGCGUACGCCCUCUCCUGUCACCUCACCAGGUGGAGCACGACAUACUAAGUCAUCAACACCUGCUACACGGCUCUUCCUGCACCCCAUAUACACACCUUGAACUCUGGGUUCCAAUCCCUCUGGCUCUUAGAGGGUGGGUGGUGACAGCUCAGCGUUUGGGGGGUGGGUAGGA